AUGCCAAACUCGGAGUACGUCGACAACAAGUUGUCGACUGUUCAAACCUUUCACAAGGACGAUGCAAAGAAGAUCUCAAAAAUGUUUGCGCAGAUUCUGGAAGAUGACCGGACAAAUUAUGGCCAAGUCAACAUUGAGGAACACACCGGUGCGGCGGGUGUGGUAGCAUGA